AUGAAAUUCUGUAUUCUAACAUUUGUCGUAUUGGCAGCGUUUGCAGCAGUCGCCUUGGCCGAUCCAGUACCCGAACCAGCUAAAGCUUCAAGAUAUCGUGCUGCUCAAAUCAUUGAAGAUGAUGCUAACAAUGCUGAUGAGCAAGGUGUGGAUGAAUACGAUCAGUCGGAAAAAGAUGAAGUGGCUGUAAACGAUUCGUCGAAGAAAGGAGAUGCUUCCAGUGGUCGUUUGUUUAUGAAAAAGUUCCUGUUGUUCAAAAACAUGUUUGGCCAGAACCAAAAGCAACCCAUUAUACCCAUUAUUAUAACUGGAGGCAAUUCUAAUGAUGACACUGAUUUGACAUCACCUACAGUACCAUCUCCAACUACUAUUACUUCAGACAUCGAAGUACCCACUGCUACUGGCACCAUUACAUCUUUACCCGAAACCGAUACUAAUAUUGAUAUUAAUACUGGUGAAGAAGAACAAUUUCCACCAGGUCGUAUUCAACUUUAUGGUCGCGGCACGUCCGAUGAAAAUGACAAGGAGGCCCAUGAAGAGGAUGCCAUAGUCGAUCAACACACUUUAGCUGCUGCUUUGGCUGCUGGAGCUGAGGAAUAUGUUGUUACCGAUCAAGAAAUUAAGGGAACUUCCGAUGCUAAGGCUAACAGUGCUCCAGCACGUAUUAAUUUAAGACGUCGUGGUGCCAAACGUGGUCAAGUCGUGAGUGUGCGUGUACCUGCCAAAUAUCGUGGAUACUUCAAAAAUGGCCAACGCGUUAUUUUGAAGUUAUUUUGAAACAAAAGAAACCGCCCUGUUAAACGUCGCGUGAUUAAAAGACGUAACAACAAUCGCAGACGCAUCAACAAGAACAAAAACAAAAACAAACGUCGUCGCAUUGUGGUUGCUUGA